AACUAGUUAUUUAUUAAAUACAGUCGGAGUGAAACAGAAACGGAGAUCAUCAGCCUUUCCGGAAAACUAAAAUCAAUCAUAUAAUUGCCACUAUCCGAGAUCAUCUGCAUCAACAAUGUCAAACGUCUCCGUAGCAGCAGAAUGGCAACUCUUAACAACAACGUUUUAUCGAAAACAAGAAAUAUACCAAAUGCAAUGGAAGAACAUCGACUUUACACGUUAUAUAGUAGCCUGCGCUCCAUUCGGCGGUCCAAUCGCUAUCAUCCGAGACGAUUCAAAAAUUGUCCAACUCUACUCCGAAUCAGCCCUCCGAAAACUACGAAUCUUCAACUCCGCCGGAAUCUUAAUCUCCGAAACCGUCUGGAAACACCCCGGCGGACGCCUGAUCGGCAUGUCAUGGACCGGAGACCAAACCCUGAUCUGCAUAGUCCAAGACGGUACGAUUUACCGUUACAAUAUUCACGCGGAGAUUAUAGAACCUAAUUAUUCAAUGGGAAAAGAAUGCUUUGAGCAAAACGUGGUGGAGUGCGUAUUUUGGGGGAAUGGUGUUGUGUGUUUGACUCAGGCUGGGAAAUUAUUCUGUGUGGCGGAUUUUAAGGAUGUGAAGCCUGUUAAGAUGGCGGAUUUAGGGCUUGAGUUUGAGGAGAAGCCGCAUUGUAUGGCUGUGAUUGAACCGCAGUUUACGGUGUCCGGAAAUGUGGAGGUGAUUUUAGGCGUGGGAGAAGGGCUUGUGAAUGUUGAUGAGGAUGAGGUCAGGCAUGUGCAAGUGAAUGUUAGCAGUGGUCUUUCUGAGGAGGCAUUGCUGGGGCCAGUGUCUAAAAUUGCUGUGUCUCAUAAUGGAAAGAUUUUGGCUUGUUUUAGACAUGAUGGCAGUCUUGCGUUGUUGAGUACAGAUUUUGAUUUGUUAUAUCUGUACCAAUGUGAGUCGGCCCUUCCUCCUGAGCAAAUGGCCUGGUGUGGAUUGGAUACUGUACUGCUCUAUUGGGAUGAUAUGCUUUUGAUGGUUGGUCCUUCUCAUGGUUGCAUCUCCUACAUUUAUGAUGAACCUUUGAUUCUUAUUCCUGAGUGCGAUGGAGUGAGAAUUUUAUCCAACACAAGUAUGGAGUUUCUACAACGGGUACCUGAUUCUACUGAAUCUAUCUUUAACAUAGGAAGUACAUCACCUGCAUCAUUACUAUUUGAUGCAUUGGAUCAUUUUGACAGGCGAAGUGCUAAGGCAGAUGAAAAUCUGAGAUUGAUUCGUGCGUCCUUGCUUGAGGCUGUUGAAGCAUGUGUAGAUGCUGCUGGUCAUGAAUUUGAUGUUUCCCGUCAAAGGACACUACUAAGAGCUGCAAGCUAUGGCCAAGCCUUUUUUGGCUUUGGCAGCAAUUUUCAACGUGAUCGUAUUCAAGAGAUGUGCAAAACUUUAAGGGUCUUAAACGCUGUACGCGACUCUAAGAUUGGUAUCCCUCUAAGUAUUCAGCAGUAUAAGUCCCUUACAGCAUCUGUUCUGAUCAGUCGUCUGAUUAAUGCUCACCAACACCUUUUGGCAUUAAGAAUAUCAGAGUACCUUGGAAUGAAUCAGGAGGUAGUAAUAAUGCAUUGGGCAUGUUCAAAGAUAGCAGCUUCGCUAGCAAUUCCCGAUGCAACUCUUCUUGAAAUCUUGCUUGAUAAGCUGAAACUAUCCAAGGGUAUAUCUUAUGCAGCAGUUGCUGCCCAUGCUGAUAAGAGUGGUCGCCGAAAAUUAGCUGCUAUGCUUGUUGACUAUGAACCACGCUCCUCCAAACAGGUUCCUCUCUUGUUAAGCAUUGGAGAAGAAGAUACAGCUCUGAUGAAGGCCAUUGAAAGUGGUGAUACUGACCUUGUUUACCUUGUUCUGUUUCAUAUAUGGCAAAAGAGGCCGGCCUUAGAAUUCUUUGGAACAAUACAAGCCAGACCCUUAGCACAUGAUUUGUUUGUAACCUACGCAUGGUGUUAUAAACAUGAAUUCUUGAAGGACUUUUUCCUAUCAACUGGACAGCUUCAAGAUGUCGCUUUUCUUUUAUGGAAAGAAUCAUGGGAACUAGGGAAAAAUCCAAUGGCAAGUAAAGGAUCUCCACUUCACGGUCCACGCAUAAAGCUCAUUGAAAAGGCCCAAAACCUUUUCUUGGAGACCAAGGAACAUGCUUUUGAGUCUAAAGCUGCGGAAGAGCAUGCAAAACUGUUGAGAAUUCAACACGAGUUAGAAGUCUCUACAAAGCAGGCCAUAUUUGUUGAUUCAAGUAUCAGUGAUACUAUUAGGACAUGCAUUGUGCUAGGAAAUCAUCGAGCUGCAAUAAAAGUGAAAACAGAGUUUAAGGUUUCUGAGAAAAGAUGGUAUUGGCUUAAAGUUUUUGCUUUGGCAACAAUCAGAGAUUGGGAUGCCCUGGAAAAGUUUUCUAAGGAGAAGAGACCACCAAUUGGUUACAGACCAUUUGUGGAGGCAUGCAUUGAUGCUGAUGAGAAAGGUGAAGCUCUGAAAUAUAUUCCAAAACUUGCUGAUCCUAGAGAGAGGGCUGAGGCUUAUGCUCGGGUUGGCAUGGCCAAGGAAGCUGCUGAUGCUGCUUCUCAGGCAAAAGAUGGUGAAUUGCUUGGUCGAUUGAAAUUGAGUUUUGCACAGAACACAGCAGCGUCCUCAAUUUUUGAUACUCUCCGAGAUCGGUUGUCCUUCCAAGGUGUUUGAUAGUCAUGUAUAUAGAUUAAUUUAUUUAUUUAUCUCUUUCGAAUUUCCUGUUGAGCUUGCUGUGUGCAUAUGUAAUGCGAGUAAUCUCAGGUUGAUGUAAAAGGAUAGUUUGUCUUUGCAGGCAUCUUGUUUUUGUAGUUGAUACCUUUAGCAUCGAUAAAAGAUUUGCUUGAGAUGCGUUUAUAUAUUUUUUCAA